UUCAAUUCAUUCCCUAUCGCCUCAUCAUGCUCGUGCUGUCCGCCGGUGUGGCGCUCUUCCUGUUGCCCGUUGGUCUGACGCAGCGGAUUCACGCUGUUGCAGGGCCUUUCCGAAUCGUUCCGGACCACGUAGAGCACUGCCCGAGUGCUUUGUUCGCGAAAAAGGGAGAACUAGCAACGUGGUACUUUAAGAAUUUCAGAGACAGGCAGAACAUUGACAAAUUCUACUACUAUGGCAACUUUACAACAUUGUUUUGGUUCGGUGACAUGCUGAACGUUGAACUGGUCUUUGCCUCGUGGUCGUCUCGUGGAGGUUGGAAGGAUAACGCUCUCAUUAUAAAAAUGAAACAGAUAUGCAAGACUGCCAAGACCUACAUCCCGAAACAGUGGAAAAACGCUCAGUACGCCAUUCAUCCCAACAAUGCGUCUGCCGACUGCCCGUAUCCACCGGGCGUGUAUUAUCUCCGGAAUGCUACUGCAGACUUAGGUGUGGCUCGCAAAUUUCCAGCAUUUUUCUAUGGAAAGUGGCGCUUGGACGCGAAAAUUAUGGAUUCGGACUCGGACUGCAUUUCUUGCAUGAGAGUUCUAAUGCACGUAGUGCCUCAGACUGACUACGACACGAGCAAGCUCGGUGCCGCAGGUGGCACUGACGGCAAGGACCGUAGAAAUACCAGCGACACAAAUGUUGACUUCACGCCGAUAGAUAUUCAGAACAACUACAACCUGCAAGGGCACUCAAUCGGAAAGUAGAGUACGGAGGCACUUUUCUGUAUUGGUACUACAUAGGGUCCCCAAAAAUAGAAAUCGAUUAUUACUUUGUAAGAAAGUGACAAAGGCACGAUAAGCGGAAUGCGAGGACGAUUAAACAUCAUUUUUA